AUGGGAGAGGACAUCAGAUGCCACACCGCAGGCGGAUGCUCAAGCAAAUCCGGUGCACGCUCUUGUGUGGUCAUGGGCGGCGUUUGCUGCGGCUUGCGCGAGCGGUUGGGGGAGGAGCGCCAGGAGCGCCAGGAGGGGCAGGAGCGGCCAGCGAGGCUCGAAAUCCUGCCGACAAAGGAGGAGGCUCUUGAAAAGCUGCUUGCAGAGCGCACGAAUCGCACAAACGUUGGAGGAGGCAUGGCGGAGGUGGUGGAGCUCACCAAAUUGCUCCAAGCGAUGCAGGGCACGACGGUGGAAUGGCAAGAAGUAGAAGGCUAUGAGGUGAGCGAGGCGCCCCUCACGGUCAUGGUGCUGCGGGACGACCGGCAAACGGUGGUCGAUGUUGCGCUGGAUGCCCGCCACAAGGAGUUUCCGCUCUUCGUUCAGGGCGAGGAGGUGGAGCUCGUGGUCAACGCCAGGGGCCGAGACCCGUCUGUGCAUUUCUCCGUCGAAGACCUCGCUUCGAGAGGCUCCACGAAGAUGACCCUGCUUUCUGUCGGCAGAGAUCGGCAGAGCAAACCGGAGGCCGCGCGUCUUCACGAUAUGUUCGAGAACACUUUGCUGAAAUGCAUUGUGCAAUCCGAGAUGGUUGAAGCUCCUCCGGGCACCGGCCUCACUGGAGAAAGCAACUUGAAACUGGACUUGGGUAAUGGGA